AUGCAGUCUUUUGAAAUCUCACAGUCCAACAUGCAUCUCCAGUCCAAGCUGUUCCUUAAGCCUAAGGGCAGCGAUAACGUCCUCAAGCCAGCCGGCGAUAGAGCCAAUUACACCACUCUCUGGCGAAGGCCCGACGCCGGUACCAUAUACAGAAACACUGAGCAUGUUACAGCUCCGACAACUCAGCCCCUUCUAGACUAUUGCGGCCUGACCGAGGAGAGAAUCGCCUCACUCGACCAGCCCAUCGAAGUAUUGGAUAUGUGCUGCGGCGCAGGGGUGGUGGCGGCGCACAUUCAUGCCAUGCUGAAGAGACUGGGACUGGAGAAGAAAGGUCUCGUCAAGGUGACAUGCGCGGACUCCAGUGAAGCGCAAAUUAGUCACGUUAGGGAGAGGAUUAAAGUGGAGGACUGGAACGAUACUACGACCGUGCAGGCUGAUAUUGCUCGCCUUCCCUUCGAGUCUAACACCUUCGACUAUGUCGUGGUGGGGCUGGCUAUUCAUGUCGUCGCAGAGCCCUACGUCGGCCUCUCUGAGUUAAACCGAGUACUCAAGCCUGGCGGUCGAAUUAGUUGCUCGACAUGGGCAGUCGAGGGCUGGGUCGCCAUUACCCGUGAAGCCGUCGCAGAGCUCAGCCUCCCAGGCCAGCAGCCCGUCCCUUGGCCGCAAAAGUCGUUGCAUUUAACGAGGCUCUGGUCGCCAGGUGCAUGGGAUGACGAAUACUUUACGUACGCCAUGCUCAAUUGUGCCGGGUUUGAGAAGAUCGAUACCAAGAUCAUCACAAAGUACAUCCCCUUCCAAAGCGCCGAACAUUUCUGCACCGUACUCGGGGCGUAUGAGAUUGCUAUUGUUGAGAGGUAUUGGAAUCAAGAACAGAAAUGCAAACUGCUUCCUAAGCUAAGGCCUACUCUGAUCGAGUAUCUUACCAACAAGUACAACAAGAAGCAGUUUGAAAUGGAAAGAUCUGUGGUUAUUAGUUGUGGGACUAAGCCUUCAGCUUGA